AUGGCGGCGAUGGUCCCAGCAGAGUGGAUAACGAACUGGGAGAAAUCGGGAAAAAUCGAAUUUGUGAGAUUAUGCCGUUUGCUUAGUGAAAAUAAAGGCCAUGAAAAUAUGACUUUCAGAGAUAUUCAGCAGGCUUUCUAUGAGCUCUCAUGGCAUGUCAUACAGGGAAAUCUAAAGCAAGACCAAGCUUCUAAAGUUUUCAGCAAUAUUAUUGAAUUUCGUGAUGAUGUGCCUUCGAUUCUAGCUGAUGUAUUCUGCAUAUUAGAUGUUGAAACAGGUUGUUUAGAAGAAAAAAGUAAAAGAGACCAUUUCAUACAAUUUGUAUUAGCAUGUUUGUAUUUAGUUUCAGAAAAAAUCUUGAAGGAACGUUUGGAACCAGAAACAUUGGAGUCAUUAGGACUUAUUAAACAGUCUCAGCAAUUUAAUCAAAAAUCUGUUAAAAUCAAGACAAAACUCUUUUAUAAGCAACAGAAAUUCAACUUGUUGAGAGAAGAGAAUGAAGGUUAUGCAAAGUUGAUUGCUGAAUUGGGUCAAGAUUUAUCUGGAAAUAUUACUAGUGGCUUAAUUUUGGAAAACAUAAAAUCUUUGAUAGGCUGCUUUAAUUUGGACCCCAACCGAGUUUUGGAUAUCAUCUUAGAAGUUUAUGAAUGCAGGCCAGAACAUGAUGAAUUCUUUGUGUCUUUAAUCCAGUCCUACUUGUAUUUGUGUGAACCUGAAACACUUUCUCAUAUUCUUGGGUUCCGAUUCAAGUUUUACCAGGAUCCAAAUGGAGAGACUCCAUCAUCUUUAUACAGAGUUGUAGCAGUACUGCUACAACAUAAUCUUACAGAUUUGGAGGAUCUUUGUGUACAUCUUCUGGUGGAUAAUUCUAAUCUUGAAGAACACAAACAACAGACUGGAUUAAAGGAAUACUGUAAAAUGGAGCCACAUGAUAAUCAGAAACUUGGUUUAUUGGAAGCAUUAUUGAAGAUUGGUGAUUGGCAAAAUGCACAAAAUAUUAUGGAUCAGAUGCCUCUCUUUUAUGCCACUACACAGAGGGCAAUAGCUUUUGCCCUUUGUCAACUUAUACAUGUAACUAUUGAACCUUUGUAUCAAAGACUUGGAAUACCUAUGGGUGCUAAAAGAAAACGAGUUCUAUUUUUGGAAAACAAAAAAAACAAAAGAGCACCAAAGCAAGUAGAGAACUUUGAAGACUUAAGAAAAGAAGUAUUCAGUAUGCUUUCUCAUCUUGGUCCUAACCUUUCUCAUGAUGCUAUUUUAUUUGCAAAAGUGGUACGCUUAGGAAAAGCAUUUAUGAAGGAGUUUCAAUCUGAUGGAAAUAAUGAAGACAAAGAAAAGAUGGAAAUUUUAUUUAGUUGUUUGCUUAGUAUUACUGACCAGGUCCUUCUUCCAUCUCUUACUUUGAUGGACUGCAAUGCUUGUAUGUCUGAAGAACUUUGGGGAAUGUUCAAAACGUUUCCUUAUCAGUACAGGUAUCGUUUAUAUGGCCAAUGGAAGAAUGAAACUUAUGAUACUCACCCAAAUUUAAUAAAAGCUAAAGCCCAAACAGUUGAUAGAGCCAAAUAUAUUAUGAAGCGUCUUACAAAGGAAAAUGUGAAGCCUUCAGGAAGACGGAUUGGGAAACUGAGCCACUGCAACCCAACUAUUUUGUUUGAUUAUAUUUUGUCACAAAUACAAAAAUAUGAUAACUUAAUUACACCAGUUGUAGAUUCAUUGAAAUAUCUUACUUCUUUGAAUUAUGAUGUUUUGGCAUAUUGCAUUAUUGAAGCUCUGGCUAAUCCAGAGAAGGAGAGGAUGAAACAUGAUGACACAACCAUUUCAAGCUGGCUUCAAAGUCUUGCUUGUUUCUGUGGUGCAGUUUUUCGCAAAUACCCAAUUGAAAUUGCCGGCCUUCUGCAGUAUGUGGCAAACCAGCUAAAGGCAGGAAAGAGCUUUGACCUACUUAUAUUGAAAGAGGUAGUACAAAAAAUGGCAGGAAUAGAAAUUACAGAAGAAAUGACAGUGGAACAAUUAGAGGCUAUGACUGGUGGAGAACAGCUAAAAGCUGAGGGUGGUUAUUUUGGACAGAUCAGAAACACAAAAAAAUCUUCUCAGAGGUUAAAGGAUGCACUUCUGGAUCAUGAUCUUGCCCUUCCUUUAUGCUUACUUAUGGCUCAGCAGAGGAAUGGAAUAAUAUUCCAGGAAGGAGGAGAGAAACAUUUGAAACUUGUGGGAAAGUUGUAUGAUCAGUGUCAUGAUACACUGGUACAGUUUGGUGGGUUUUUGGCAUCUAAUCUAAAUACAGAGGAUUACAUUAAACGAGUGCCAUCAAUUGAUGUGCUUUGUAAUGAAUAUCAUACACCCCAUGAUGCAGCAUUUUUCCUGUCUAGACCAAUGUAUGCACACCAUAUUUCAUCAAAAUAUGAUGAACUUAAAAAAACCGAAAAGGGAAAUAAACAGCAACACAAAGUUCAUAAAUAUAUUGCAUCCUGUGAGUUAGUGAUGGCCCCGGUCCAUGAAGCAGUGAUCUCCUUGCAUGUUUCCAAAGUGUGGGAUGAUAUCAGUCCACAGUUCUAUGUUACGUUCUGGACAUUGACAAUGUAUGACCUUGCGGUACCUCAUAACAGCUAUGAAAGAGAAGUCCAUAAACUUAAAGUCCAGAUGAAAGCAAUUGAUGACAAUCAAGAAAUGCCUCUAAAUAAAAAGAAAAAAGAAAAAGAGCGUUGUACUGCUCUUCAGGACAAACUUCUAGAAGAAGAAAAAAAACAGAUGGAACAUGUUCAGAGGGUUCUACAGAGAAUAAACCUGGAAAAAGAUAAUUGGCUUUUAGCUAAAUCUACCAAAAAUGAAACUAUCACAAAAUUUCUACAGUUAUGUUUGUUUCCUCGGUGCAUUUUUUCAGCAAUUGAUGCUGUUUACUGUUCUCAUUUUGUGGAGUUGGUACAUCAACAGAAAACUCCCAAUUUUUCCACUCUUCUCUGUUAUGAUCGAGUUUUCUCGGAUAUAGUUUACACAGUGGCAAGUUGUACUGAAAAUGAAGCAAGUAGAUAUGGCAGAUUUUUGUGCUACAUGCUAGCAACUGUGACUAAGUGGCAUAGUGGUAGAACAAUAUAUGAAAAGGAAUGUGGUAAUUAUCCAGGCUUCCUUACCAUAUUAAGAGCAACUGGAUUUGAUGGUGGAAACAAAGCUGAUCAACUAGAUUAUGAGAAUUUCCGACAUGUUGUACACAAGUGGCACUAUAAGCUAACAAAGGCUUCUGUACAUUGCCUUGAAACUGGCGAAUACACCCAUAUCAGAAAUAUUUUGAUAGUACUCACAAAAAUACUUCCUUGGUACCCAAAAGUCUUAAACCUGGGUCAGGCUUUGGAAAAACGAGUCCAUAAGAUCUGUCAAGAAGAAAAAGAGAAGAGACCUGAUCUUUAUGCACUGGCCAUGGGCUAUUCUGGGCAGUUGAAAAAUAGAAAACUUUCCAUGGUACCAGAAAGUGAAUUUCAUCUCAAAGACCCUCCUCUGAGGAAUAUAGUUCCUGCACCCAUACAAAAUGCCUCUGGUGGUGUUGGACUAACUACGUCACUCUCAAUAACUGCAGCUAAGGUAGAAGAAAGCAGUACUGAGGACACUGAUAAAUUAAAGGAAAAAUUUCAGUCUUCUCUGAAAAUUCAUGGCAAAACAGCCCAUACAGCAUCAAAAAUGACUACAAACAAUGGAAACAGUAUUUUUGACAGUAACAAAAUUAUAAAAGACAUUGAGAAAGAAAAAACUGGUAAAGAAAAAGAGAAAAAAGAAAAGAUUGCAUUUGCUUUUGCCGAGUCCAAGCUAUUUGCUGAAGAAAGUAAGGAAAAGCCAAAGGAUGACCAAACAAACAAAGAUGAAAAAAUAAGGGAAACAAAAGAUAAAAUACUCAGGUGUGACAAAGAAAAAGUUAAAAAGGAAGAAAGGGCUUCCAAAGAUGAAAAAUGCAAGAUGGGUCUUGGAGUCAACAUAGAUUCAAAAUCGAAUGUAGAAAAAGAGAGAGAAAAGGAACCAUCCAGAGAAAGAGAUAUUCCAAAGGAAACCAAAGCCGAGGAAAUUAUAAAAGGAGGUGAAAAAGUAGCAGUUGUUGGCUUUUUAAAGGCCCCAGGUCUCCGACCAGACACAUCAGAGUCUGAAAAGGAACAAAAACGACGAAAACUUGAUGCCUUCUUAUCCCCUUCAACAGUUAAGGAUAAUCUCUCUGAAUUCAAGGAAUCCUCUGCAAAGCAUUGCAUUAACCAUACUACUCCAACACUGCCCAAGAGUAAAGAAAAAGAAAUGGACAAGAAAGAUUUGGACAAGUCCAGGGAAAGAUCCAGAGAGAGAGAAAAGAAAAAUGAGAAGGACAGGAAAGAACGGAAAAGGGAUUAUUCAAACAAUGACCGUGACUUCCCACAAGAUUCUACUAAAAGACGUAAAGAAGAAAAUGGAACAACUAGCUCUUCAAAAUAUUCUAAAAGUGAAAGCCCAUCUCAUUCUCCUCAUUCGAAUGAAAAAGAAAAAAAUAAGUCAAAAUCUUCUGGAAAAGAGAAAGGUGACUCAGUUAAAACAGAGAAGUUAGAGAAGAGCAGUUCUAGUGGCAAAAAGGAAUCCAGACAUGAUAAAGAAAAAACAGAAAGGAAGGAAAAACGGGAAACCACAGGAGGAAAGGAAGAAAAAAAACAUCAUAAAUAUUCAGAUAAACACAGAUAA